CGCGUUCCGGUUUGUUGCUUCUGUCUCCGUUGCGGGUGUGUGUGCGCGCGCGAUUACUCGAUGCAUUCGUUCGUGCGUUCGUCGUGUGCCGUCGUCAAAAAUUCCUUUGUGCUGAACCAGUGCGGACGUCCCGUGUUGCUGAACGCUGCUGCUACAUUCCACACGUCAAAGAUGGUCCAAAUUAAGGAAGGUGACAAGAUUCCCUCGAUCGACCUGUUUGAGGAUUCGCCCGCCAACAAGGUAAACAUUGCGGACUUAUGCUCCGGCAAGAAGGUGAUCCUGUUUGCCGUUCCCGGCGCCUUCACGCCCGGCUGCUCCAAGACCCACCUGCCCGGAUACGUCGACAAGGCGGGAGACCUCAAAUCGUCCGGCGCGGCCGAGAUUGUUUGCGUCUCGGUAAACGAUCCAUUCGUGAUGUCGGCCUGGGGCAAACAGCACAACGCGACCGGCAAGGUUCGCAUGUUGGCCGAUCCGGCUGCAGCGUUCACGAAGGCACUCGAACUCGGUGCCGAUCUGCCACCACUAGGUGGACUACGCUCGAAGCGCUACUCGAUGGUGCUGGAGGAUGGUGUGGUAAAGUCGCUGAACGUUGAACCGGACGGUACUGGGCUUUCGUGUUCGCUGGCCGACAAGAUUAAGGUGUAAAAUGC